UCUCGCCAUUCACCAGGAAGCCAAAUGGCACGCUACGCGGAGGACGUUUACUACGACUUCGCCAUUAAACUGACCCACGAUGCUGCUCAAAUACUCAAAACAGCCAUCAACGGUAUGAAGAAUGUUAACCAGAAGCUAGGGGACUGGGACCUGGUGACCGAAUAUGAUCGGAAAAUAGAAGACGUCAUCAUCGGCAAUCUUAAAUCCAAAUUCCCAAAUCACAGAUUCAUAGGCGAGGAAUCAACUGGGAAAGAACUUCCGGAAUUAACCGACGACCCUACAUGGAUUAUAGACCCCAUCGAUGGCACCACCAACUUCGUUCACGGUUUCCCACACACCUGUGUUGUAAUUGGUCUGGCAAUUAAGAAGGAAAUGGUGAUUGGUAUCGUUUAUAAUCCUGUUCUCGAGCAGCUAUUUACUGCGAGAAGAGGACGCGGAGCGUUCUUGAACGAUAAACCCAUAAAAGUUUCCAAGGUUCAAGAAUUGUCAAAAGCUUUAGUGUGUAUGGAAAGUGGUUUCAUAAAAGUCGAUGAACUCAGGGAAAAAACACUUGAAAGAUUACGGCGAAUUAUUCAAAAAGCACAGGGAAUCCGUACGCUCGGUGUAGCAGCGUUAUCACUGUGUUAUGUUGCAAUGGGAAUCGUAGAGGCUUAUUACAUCGAGGGGCCCGGAAUCUCAACCUGGGACAUCGCAGCAGCGUCAUUAAUCAUCUCCGAAGCAGGUGGUGUUGUAGUUGAUCGCGUAACAGGAGAGAAGAUUGAUAUCAUGAAACCGAGAGCAAUUGGAGCAUGCAACGAAAAAAUCGCAAAAGAGAUCGUCAAACUUAUUCACGAGGCCGAUCAAAGUGUGGAACGAAGAAAUGAACAAUAACAAAAUCGAAUUUUAAUUCCUAUUAGUAGUACAGGUUUAUCGUUGUUAUAUCCUGCAUAUUAAAUGUACCGUAAACUUCGCACUAACUUUCAAAUUGAGAAUUAAAUGUUCUUGAUUGAAAAGAAAAAUACUCUCAUUUAU